AGACGCAGGGCGGCUUCCGUCGACGGCGGACACGACACGUGACCUCCCGGCGACGUCGGCGGCGACGACACGUGACCGUCAGCCAUGAUCAGUAUGAAGCGCUCGGUGAGCGACAGCGACUGCGAGGACGCCUUCACCGACGACUGCCGAGAUGAGCAGUCGGGUGAGUUUGGCACCCACCGCAAGAGGCGGCGCGGGGUGAUCGAGAAGAAGCGGCGCGACCGGAUCAACAACUCGCUGGCCGAGCUGCGCCGCCUGGUGCCCACCGCGUUCGAGAAGCAGGGCUCGGCCAAACUGGAGAAGGCAGAGAUACUCCAGAUGACCGUCGAUCACCUGAAGGUGCUGCACGCCAAAGGACUGGACGCGCUGGCGUACGACCCAAACAAGUUCGCCGUCGACUACCACAGUAUCGGUUUUCGGGAGUGCGCCGCCGAGGUGGCUCGCUACCUGGUCACCGUCGAGGGCAUGGACAUCCAGGACCCGCUGCGACUGCGGCUCAUGUCGCACCUGCAGUGCUACUCGGCGCAGCGCGAGCUGGCCAACAAGCAGCACAGCAGCGGCUGGGGCUUCCAGCCGUACCCGGCGGCGGCUGCGGCUGGCGGCGUGCCGACGCCUGUGGAGGCGCAGAGCUACCACGGCGCGCUGAGCGGCCACUGCGCGGCGCCCGAGCCGAGCGCGGCGCCCGGCUCCAUGGCGCGCUACGCCGCUGCCAUGCCGGCCACCAUGGGCAGCGUGAUGGCCGCCCAGUACCCGGCCAACAGCGGCUUCGGCGCCGUCACCGGCCAGACGGUGAGCUCGUACGGCCUGGCCGGCCAGCCGACGGCUCAGCACACAGCCAGCAGCAGCAGCGCGGCCGGCUCGCCGCGCCCCUACCGGCCCUGGGGCACCGAGCUGGCCUACUGACCGGCGCCCGCCGCCGGCGGCAGCACACGGGGCGCGGACGGACGGAGCGGUCCACUAGUCAUUUUGUGAUAUACGGAGACGGUUGAAGGGAUGGUUUCUGGUCAUUGUGUAUAGAACGAUAAGGUAUGGGUCAAGUUGGUAUGAUGUGCUUACGACUUCAACGCAAGUCUUUCUUGUUCACUUUCCAGUAGGUAAUGCCUACUCUAUUCUGUCAGUGAUUUGAAUGCUCGGAAACAUCCUCAGGUAGAGUAAGUUACCGGAUGUCUGGCUAGCAUGAUGUUCUUUUUUCUACCGAGAAAUCAAUUAGCUUUCAUUUUAUACGUUAUCUGCAAUGGUUUAUAUCCGC